ACAAUUUUUCACAAUUUGAUUAUAAAUCUAGUUUUACUUUUAAAAGCACACUUUUAAAUGUCAAAUUAAAAAUAUAAACAAACUUUGACAUUUUGCAUACAUUAACCAAACGUAAACAAAGUUUGACAUUAACUCUACACCGCGGCGAAAAAACAUGAAUGUGAGCAAAAAAUAGUCAGCUGUUUUGUUAACACUACCUUAUAAAAUAAAUAUACCUUGAUAACUAAUAUAUCUUGCGUAGGUGUUUGUUGUAAAACAAUUUAAGAAAUACCCAAGAAUUAGGGACAUUCCCUUUAUAUUUGGCGUUUUUGUUAUUCGUAAAGUAUUCGCAGUUCUUACAAUCAUUGGAGAUAAAAUAGCUUGUCUUUUGUUUUUUUAUAAUAUAAACUGUAAAUAUUUUAAAAUAUUCAUCGAGCAAUGGAAUCUGAUUGGCAACAUAAAUUUCAAGAUCACAAAGAUCGCCUAUUUCAUUUGUUUGAUGCCAAAAAGUUUACCGACUGCCAUUUUGUUAUUGUUGAUUCAGAACAAAAUCAAAUAACAAUUUCAGCGCAUAAAAUAAUUUUGUUAGCGGCUUCACCCGUAUUUGAGCGAAUGUUUUAUGGUUCGAUGGCAGAAAAAGAUGAUCCAAUUGUUAUAACUGAUAUUCAGGUUGAGGUUUUUCAAUCCAUGUUAAAAUACAUUUAUUCGGGUUGCAUUGAUAUUAAGUCAGUGGAUCUGGCUUUACAGUUAUACUAUGCAGCAAAGAAAUAUCUGCUAAAACAAUUAAUGGAAAAAUGUAUUGUAUUUUUGAGUGCAAAUUUAAAUCCACAAAAUGUUUGCCAAAUUUUUGAAUUUUCUGAAUUUUUCGAUGAACCAAGUUUAAAGCAGAAAUGUUCAGAGUUUAUUUCAGAUCGCACUAGAGAAGUUUUGGCUGAUGCCAGUUUUAGCGACAUUAAAAUGUCCACAAUGGUGUUCAUUUUGGAUCAAGAUAAAUUAAAUAUUAAUACUGAAUUGGAUUUGUUUAAUGCUUUACGGCGUUUAGCUAUUAAAAAGGAACUGUUAAAAGAUAAAGAUCCACCGAAUACAGAACAGAAUAGUACUCAAAACUCUUCCGAAAUUGAUCAUUCUAUAAAUUGCGAAAAUGAGAAGUGGUUAAAAGAAGCCGUCAGAAGAAUUCGUUUCCUAACUAUGACACCACAAGAGUUUGCCGAAGGUCCUGCUCGUUCUAAUCUCUUGGAUAAACAAGAUAUUGUCCAUAUUUUUAUAAACCUUAAUAGUCCAAACAAUGUUAAGUGUUCGCUGUCUGAAGCAAUUUGCAGUUCUCGUAUAUGUCGCACAGCAAUAUGUGCUUACAGAGGUUGUAAUCAGAAAUGUUAUAAUGGAUACCGGUAUUGCCAGUACCAUUAUUAUUAAUAUACAUUCAAAUCGAACGGAUUGUUAAUUUUAAAUAACAAUUACAGAUAAAUUUCAUUAAAUUUUGCAUAUUGUAAAAAAUGCAAAUCAAUCGUC